AUGCGGAAGUGGAGAAAGUUAAAGUACGAGUGCUCCUUCGAAUCCCUUUUCGAGAAUCUACUCUUUUCAAGAAUCACUCUGAUAUUACUUUUAACUGUAAUUUGUAAUGAACGAGGACAUGAAAAAACGAUUCAAAUGACGCCACUAAAUGAAUUACACGGGACCGCUUUUUGAUUAGUAAAAGAGUGGGACAUCUCGCCCGAGAACCGAAGAGAAAAUCUUGGAUCGGUGCUUCCAGCUGUUGAGUCUCGACUUGAGCGAGCCUGUGUUCGAACUCCGCGUGGGUGGAAAAAAAAAUGAAGUCAGCCGAAAAGUCGCCGCUUUAGCCCAGCGGGGUGGACUUCCCAGGCGGCGGCGGCGGAAGACUAGUCGCCCCCACCACCGGUGGUCCCACCCUGCUGAGAUAUGUGGCUGAACCCGGAGGAAGUGGCGCUGAAGAACGCGCUGAAGCUGUGGAUCACCGAGCGGAGCAACGACUUCUUCCUGCUGCAGAGGAGGAGAGGCCGCGGGGAGCCCACCGCGAGGAUCAGCGGCCUCCUAGUGGGGGCGCUAGACACGGUGCUGGACUCCAACGCCAGGGUGACGCCCUUCCGAAUCCUUCUCCAGAUCCCAGGCUCACAGAUUAGUUGGAUCAUCGCAAGCGGUGCUGUCAUGGAGGAAGUGAACAAGCACUGGGAUUGGCUGGCACACAACCUGCUGCACUCGCUUUCCAUCUUUGAGAACAAGGAGGAUGUGGCCAGCUUCGUCAGAGGAAAAGUCAAGGGUCUGAUCGCUGAGGAGUCCCGCGGCCGUCAGGCCGCCCAGGAGGACGAGCCUGAGAAGUUCCGCGAGGCUCUGUUGAAGUUCGAGCGCCACUUUGGGCUGCCAUCGUCGGAGAAGCUGGUCACUUUCUACUCGUGCUGCACGUGGAAGGGGCGAGUGCCGCGCCAGGGCCUCCUCUACCUCAGCAUCAACCACAUGGCCUUCUACUCUUUCCUGCUCGGGAAGGAAGUCAAGUUUGUGAUUCCCUGGGCGGAAGUAAUUCGACUGGAGCGGGUCUCCGGCGGCUUCAUGACCGAGGCCAUUCGGGUGAGCACGAGGCAACGGCAGAGGGACUUCUCCAUGUUCCUCAACCUGGACGAGGCUUUCGGGGUGGUGGGGCAGCUGGCCGACAUCGCCCUGCGCCGGCUGCUGGACAGCGAAGGUCUGGAGCUAGACCGAGUACUGCAGCAGCCGACUCGCAUCACCAAGAGGGUCCUGGAGGAGCAGGCAUUGCGGGAGUAUGUGCUGGCCCUGUUCCGCCUCCCUCGUGCCGAAAGGCUCCACGAGGUGGCGUCGUGCUCAGUGUGGACGCCGCACGCCCGCUGCCACACGGCCGGCACGCUCUACACCACUGACAACUACUUGGGCUUCUCUAGCCGAGAGGAGGGACAAUGCAUUCUACUUAUACCUCUUUCUGAGGUGGUGUCUGUGGAGAAGGCAGAGAGCACAUGCGCUCUUCCCAACCCAGUGAUCGUGAGCGUGCGCUCCAAGAAGGCCUUCCAGCUCAUCGAGCUACAGGAGCGUGACGACCUAGUGGAGAGUCUGGAGUGCAGGCUGCGCUCAUUGCACCUCAAGCAGUCGGCCUUUCGCGGCAGCCAACACGCCAAGAGGACUGCGUGCUGCCCCAGUCCCUACUACACGUUCUACUAUGACACGGCAUGCUCGGAUGAAGAGGAGAUGGAGGAGCAGGUGCUUCGUAAAACUGUCAAUACUGAAGCUCUCAUGACGGCCUUCCAUUACAACACACCAGGAAGUAACAACAACAAGAAUAUGGAGGCAGUGAAAGAGAAGAUGUGGGAGGAUCACUUCACUGAGUUCGGCCGCGGCGUACACAUGUUUCGCACUGACAAGGUCCAGCGUAUGGUUGCCAUGGGGAUACCCGAGUCACGGCGGGGUGAGCUGUGGAUGACGCUCUCUGAUGCAUCCUCCGAUCUGGACUCCCACCCGGGCUACUAUGCCAGCCUGGUGCAGACGUCCAUGGGUCAGAGCAACCUGACUACCGACGAAAUCGAGCGGGACCUCCACCGCUCCCUACCGGACCAUCCUGCAUUCCAGAACCCCACCGGCAUUGCUGCGCUCCGCCGCGUACUCACCGCCUACGCCCACCGCAACCCUAAAAUUGGAUACUGUCAGUCGAUGAACAUCCUGGCGUCGGUGCUGCUGCUGUAUGCCAAAGAAGAAGAAGCUUUCUGGCUGCUGGUGGCCGUCUGCGAACGGAUGCUUCCCGACUAUUUCAACCGCCGGGUGAUCGGUGCCCAGGUGGACCAGUCUGUGUUCGAGCAGUUGAUCGGCGAGUGUCUGCCCGAUCUGGCUGAUCAUUUUCCAGACCUUUCCACUCUGUCAUCGGUGUCUCUCUCCUGGUUCCUGACCAUCUUCGUUAGUGUGCUGCCCUUCCAUAGUGCCGUACGGGUGGUGGACUGGUUCUUCUUCCACGGCAUCAAAGCAAUCUUCCAACUGGCUCUGGCCGUGCUGCAGGCCAACGCCGGCAGCCUUUGCGCCCGAGUGGACGACGGACAGGCGCUUAUGGUCCUCGCCAGCUUUCUGGAGCAUGUUGGAAGCGACCAGUCGUCUCCCGCCGAAUUCUUUCAGCUUCUUGCAGAUGGCAGCAACAAGAUGGCAGAUACUCCUGCUGUGGGCCAAACUAACAUAACACAGCUCAUCAGUGACGCCAAUGAACGGUUCGGAGACCUAACGGUGAGGAAAAUUGAGAGGCUUCGCUGUCGACACCGAAUUCAAGUUCUGCAGGCGCACGAGGACACCACCAAAGAAAACGCUUUAAGAGUGGUGGCGCCGGACGUUUCCAUCUCUGCGGAGAACCUGGCAGACAUUUACGACCUCUUUAAGACAGAACAUUUUAUUAGUCUGUACUGGGGUGACAUGAGCGCGGUGGCUGCAGCUGAGGCAGCGUCAUGGCGGCGUGGCGCCUCCUUCCUGGAGCGCCAGUACCGACUGGACCUGGCGCAGUUCAAAAGCCUGUACGGACUGCUGGCCCCAUGGGCGGCGGGCGGCUCCCAGCGGAACACUGACACCUUGGCCCAGCGUACCUUCACCCUGUUGGACUCGGAGGGACACCAUCUGCUCUCCUUCAGGGACUUUGCCCUCUGGCUAGACACUUUGUACUGCGGUGAUCUGAGCGACAAGGUGAAGCUGCUGUACCGUCUUCACUUGCCCCCCGCUCUGACGGACAGCGAGGAGCGCUCAUCGUCAUCCUCGUCUGGGAUGCAAAUUCCGCCGGUGUCGUCGAGCAGACCUCUCUAUAUGGGCGGGGCCUCAGAAGACGGACGGGCCGACGGGAAACGGGAGGCGAAGGACUACCAGGAGCAGCUGAAGCAGAUGCUGCAGGAUUUGGGGGUGGGCAAAGACAAGGAGAAGAACAUCCACCAGCACCUCCCCCUCAUGAAGCAGCGCGAGUUCAUCCAGCUGUGUAAGACGCUGUGCUGCUUGUUCCACGGCGACCCCGACGAGAACGAGCUCUUCCAGGCCAUCGCCAAGGUCACCAGCCUGGUCCUGCAGAUCGGCGAGGCCACUACCAGGCCGGCGGGACCGGACCGGGACCGGUUGGGACUACCCGAGAGUGAGUGGACCGUAAGCCUGGCGCAGAUUCUGGCGUCUGUGCUGACUGAGCAAAUGCUGGUCAACUUCCUGGAGAAAGCGUGCGACCUGACGGGCCGCAUUGCCGCCGCCAAGGAGAAGCAGUACCAGCAGAGGGCGCCGCUGCUCGCCCUGCAGCACGCCCACCGCCGCUAGCGCAACCCGUUGUACCGUCCGUCCGAGUAGACUUACCGCUCACGCCUUCUAAUUUCACUGUGAGUUAAUUACAAUGAUUUUCUACACAAAUAUUUUCUAACUUGAGUGUUUCAUUUCUUGGCAUGCGUGCACCUUCACACAUUUGUUUCCACUACCUGGAGCCAAACAAAACCUUAUCAUGAAAGCAAAACACUGGAUUUGUCUUUUUCAAAUAAAAUUUAUGCUGCAGACAA